GUUUCCUGUCUGUGUUUUUUUGUUUUUUUCCUGCUUCCUCAGCGGAAUGGCUGCCGUCGGAGUGGUUGAAUCUUCCGCCGGUUCCGAUCCUGUAGGAGAAGGACUGUUGGAGCUGUUGACACCAGCGGUCCAGCAGCUGGAUGUGCACGUGCACUCGGUCAGAGAAAGUCAGGUGGAAUUAAGAGAGCAUAUAGACAACCUGGCCACAGAGUUAAUAAGGAUAAAUGAACACCAGAAGGUUGUAUUAGACCUGGAUCCUUAUGUGAAGAAACUACUUAAUGCAAGACGUAGAGUAGUGCUGGUCAACAAUAUUCUACAAAAUGCUCAGGAACGCCUGAGGAGGCUAAACCACAAUGUGGCCAAAGAGACGGCUCGGAGGAAGACCAUGCUUGAAGCAUCAGGGGUUUUCACUCCCCGCUCACCCAGUAGACCAUGAGCCUUUUCCCUGCGGACUCCAGUGGGGCGCCAUUACCUCUGGAUUGUUCAGAUUUGUGUUUACUCCUAAACUUUGUCCAUGUCUUGCAUUG